AUGGAGAAGUUUAAAAUGAUAUUCCAGUACUUCCAGUCCAACUCGGAAUCAGUUAUGAAUGGGAUAUGUGCAAUCUUAGCCCUAGCUAGUGUUAAAAUCUAUAAUAUUAUGGAUUUUAACUGCCCGUGCAUGCCAAAGUAUAAUAUGGUGUAUGGCAUGGGAAUCAUGUUCGUCCCUCCGGUGGCUCUCUUCCUUUGCGGUCUCAUUGUAAACAGGCAGUCGGUGCUUAUGAUUGAAGAGUGGAGAAGACCAACAGGCAGGAGGAAAAAAGAUCUGGCCAUAGUAAAGUACAUGUUCUCUUCAGUACUUACAAGAGCCAUGGUUGCUCCUGUAGUCUGGAUUCUUACUUCCCUCCUGGAUGGAAACUGUUUUGUGUGUGCUUUUAGUGGCUCAGUUGACCCUGAAAAAUUCCCUGGCUUUGCUAAUGACAGCUCUGCAGAAAUACAGAUGCUUCUCUACAAGGUACCAUGUAAAGAGGAUAUAAUGAUAAGGGACCACCCUUCGCGGAAAGCAGUGUCCAGAUACCUAAAAUGCUGGUCACAGGCUAUUGGAUGGGGGAUUCUGCUGCUUCUUAUUGUUGUGGCUUUUCUCGCCCGCUCCCUCAAGCCUUGCUUUGAUCAGACAGCCUUUCUACAGACACGUUACUGGAGUAACUAUGUGGACAUAGAGCAGAAGAUCUUUGAUGAAACUUGCUGUCAGCACGCUCGAGACUUUGCCCACAAAUGCAUCCUCCAUUUCUUUGAGAACAUGCACAAUGAGAUGAAAGUAGCACAUCUUACCAACAAGAAGGCAGAGGAUGAAGAAGACCAUCUGCAUGGCAUCACCAACCAUGAACAGGUCAACCAACUCUUAAAGACGUGGUACCGAAGCAAACCCCCACUCUGUUUAAAUCAUGCGACUCUGCGCCAGCAUAUCAGGUCAAAAUGUAAUGCAGACGAUAAUAACAAACAAACUGAUGUUUAG